UUUUUUGGUACGUGUGUAUGUAAAAAUAAAUAAAUAAAUCAGUUCCUAGACGAAUUAAUUUUCAUUUCCUCAUCUCCUUAAAAUGGCUUAUCCUCAGAGCUUUCAACUUCAACAGAACCACCAACAGACCUACUCUAUCAUCAACUAUGGAGAUAAACAAGCUUCUUCUGAUCACCACCCUCUUCAUUCUUCAAUCUGUCUUGUUCCUCCCACCAAUCCAAUCGUCAAACUCAGGCCUCUUCCGAGAAUACAUAGGAGCAGAGUUCAAAAAUGUCAAAUUCUCAGAUGUGCCCAUAAAUCCCAACAUUGAAUUCCACUUCAUCCUCGCCUUUGCCAUCGACUACACCGCCACCUCUUCUCCCUCUCCCACCAAUGGCCAAUUCAACAUCUUUUGGGAUACCGAUAAUCUCAGCCCGUCUCAAGUUUCCUCCAUAAAAAACCAGCACUCCAAUGUCAAAGUGGCUCUGAGCUUAGGAGGAGACAGUGUGGGAGAUUCCAAAGCCUAUUUCAGUCCCACCUCAGUAGAUUCAUGGGUUUCCAAUUCCAUCGCUUCACUCACACAAAUCAUCAAACAGUACAACUUAGAUGGCAUUGACAUCGACUAUGAACACUUCAACAACACCGAUCCAAACACCUUUGCAGAGUGCAUUGGACAGCUUAUAACCAAAAUGAAAGAAAAUGGACUCAUCUCUUUUGCUUCUAUAGCUCCAUUUGAUGAUGAUCAAGUUCAGAGUCAUUACUUGGCCUUGUGGAAGAGCUAUGGCAAUCUCAUAGACUAUGUCAAUUUCCAAUUUUAUGCUUAUGAUCAGAGUACCAAUGUUUCUCAGUUUAUGGCCUAUUUUCAGACUCAGAGCUCUAAUUACAAUGGAGGGAAGGUCUUGGUGAGCUUCAUCAGUGAUGGAAGCGGUGGGUUGUCACCGGAAAAUGGUUUUUUUUCCGCUUGCAGUAGGCUCAAGAAUCAGCAAGAACUUCAUGGGAUUUUUGUUUGGUGUGCUGAUGAGUCCAAGGCAAAAGGAUUAGGAUUUAGCUAUGAGAAGCAAUCACAGGCAUUGUUAGCCAAUUAGUAUGUAUUUACUACCAUUGAAAUGGGUUGUGUGGCCUAGUCAGCUCCAAAUAUGUGAAAAAUGGUCUGGCGUUGUAUGGUUUCGAUGCAAGUGAUGAUGUUCUGUAAUUUC